GGAGAGGGUGAGUUCAGUCCCCAGCGGACAGCAUGGGUGUCGUGUUGGAUGCGAUACUGCUCACCGUGUGUCUGCUCUGUGUUCCAGCCCCUUCACAUGAGGGGUCUGGAGAUAUGGACCUUUUACCGGGAAUGCCAAGUAAUAUUAGUGUGGACGACCCCGCCGUUCGAAAUGCCACACUUGCUGCCGUCUACAGAUACAACAACGCAUCCAAUGACGUCUACCUGUUUAAAGUCCAGAGGAUGCUAGAUGCACAGGUGCAGAUUGUUGCUGGUCUGAAGUAUCUUCUACACUUUGAUAUCGGAAGAACAGUCUGUCGUAAGGAACAUCCAUACAACUUCAAACGCUGCUCCUUUCAAACAAGCCCGUCGCUGAUUAAGAAAUACGAGUGUCACGCUGGCGUCUGGGUUGCUCCAUACACACAGAAGUGGCGCGUGAUUGCAAUAAAAUGCCUGUGAAAC